AUGAGGGUAAGGAGUGAGGGAGGUCCCAAGUUACCCAAGCCCAACACCUCACCACCGCACCACCUCGAGUCACACAUUGGACGAGACGGGAGGUGGGACACUGCCACUGCCCUCCACUGGGCCCUGGCCAUUGCGUUACCUCACGCUUCGGCUUCGCUGGGCUGGCGGAGGGGCCGCCGCUUGGGGGUGCCGCUGGGGGCCGCUGGGGGCCACUCGGAGGUUUUGUCCGCUGGAAACAAAUCAACAACGGUCCAGCGGACGGGGCCUAUUCUUGCUUCAUUUUUCAUGCUCAACUGCCACUGA